UAGUAACUUAUUUUAUCUUUAUAUUUAACAUCUACCUGUGCAACUGUAGGCAAUCCACCGACAUUACAUUUUAUUGAUAUGAAUUAAAUACCAUAAUGGCAGUUUCAUGUUUAUUUCGUAAUGAUUUACAUACUAUUCUAAACGUAAUUUCUUAUUAAUUUAAUUACAGUUAGUUUUAUAAUGAUUAUAAUUAAAGUAUUAAUUUUAAAAUUAAUUAAUUGAUUGAUAAACGAAGUGAAUCAUGGAUUCAAACGUGCAUGCCAAUCUAAUGUUGGACAACAGAGAACAUGAGUUUCUAGUUAAAUAUCACAAUAUAAACAGUAAACUAAAAAAACGUUUUAUGCGAAAUCCAAAUGUUAAUGAAGCCUGUGAACAGUUUAUUUCAUUGUCUAUUGAGUGUGAACAAAAAAAAGCCUGGCAAUAUGCAGCUCUAUGUUACUUAGCAAUAUCACGAUGUUAUCAUCAGCUAGGAAACACUGGAACAGCAAUAAUUUAUUCACUUCGAGCCGGAAAAUUUUUUCUUCGUGCUCAUAAACAAAAUAAUAAAUUUGGUUGUCCAUCAAUUGGCUCCGAAAAUAUCGAAGCAGCAUGUAAUAGUUUGAUAUCUGUUUCUAAACAGCUUCAAGAUGAACAAAAGUUUGAUGUCAACGUUGCUGGAUCUAUAUUUCAUUUGGCAAUAUCCUUAGGUUCUACUUCUGCUGGUUGUUAUUUAUUGAAAAAAUCAAUUAAUAUUUUUUCAACUGUACGAGCAAUUGAUACACUUAUUUCUUUUUAUAUCAAACAAGGAGAUUAUAUAACGGCAUUAAAUACGGUUAUUGAAUUAAUGGAAUUAAUUGAGACAAUUUGUGUUUCAACAGACUAUUAUCGUAAUUUACUUCGAAAAGCAGAAAUCAAUAAAGUAUUAUUGUUAUUAACUUUACAACCUACAAUUCAUCGCCUUCCAUCAAAUUACUUUGAAAUGAUAUCAAAAUAUAAAUCAAUAGAUGAUAAUUCGGGUACCAAUACAUAUCUUAAUGAAAAUGAAUAUCUUCUAUUACAGUCUCUUGUAUUAGUUUGUCAAUCACGAGAUGAACAAGCUAUAUUAAAUUUAGAAAGUGAACUAUGGCAGUUUAUUGAUGCUGAUCAAAAAGAUCUUUUACGAAUUCUAGUCCAAGGAAUCAUUAGCGAAUAGUAUAAUUAUUUUUUCUAUCAUUAUUUAAGUAUAAGACUUAUUUGUAAUAUAAUAAAUUUAGCAUAAUUAAAUCAUUUUUCUAAAGGCUUAAUGGACAGUUUUCAUUAAUCAUGUUUAGAGUUGCCAUUACGUACAUGACGAUAGCCAUUAGGAUUCAUAAUUUGCCACCUCCAAAAAUCUUCACACAUUUGCUCAACACUAAAUUUCGUUAUCCAACCAAGUUCAUUUUUAGCUAAAUCCGCAUUUGCAUACAUAGAAACUAUAUCUCCUUCUCUACGUUCUUUAAUGACAUAAGGAAUUUUUGUAUUCGUAACUUUCUCAAAUGUUUUAACUAAUUCUAGAACAGAAACACCUUUGCCCGUUCCUAAAUUGUAAACUUUGAGUCUCAGAUGACUUUUUUGUAAAGCUCUUAAAGCAGCAACAUGUCCACUAGCUAGAUCCAUUACAUGAACAUAAUCACGAAUUCCUAAAAUUAAAUUAAAUUUAAGUAUAAUAACUGUAAUGUUGUAAUAAAAGGAUAAUUAAUUUCGAUAUUAA